AUAAAUUCCGAAAAUCAAAUUAAUAAUGUUUAUUACUAUAUUUAGGAUUUAAAUGUCUUACCCCCUGAGAAAUAAAACCAAGAUCACUGCAUUUGCUUUGCCAUAUGAUAAUGAUAAGAAAAUGCUAAAAAAGUUAACAAAAACAAAUAAAAUUUCCAAACCUCAACACAUAUGUACUGAAUGCUAUGAAUUCUUUUAUUCUGACAUAGAUUUUGACCAACAUUUGCCAAAAUGUCAUUUGAAAUAUAUAAAAAAUGUAAGAAUAUCAGAAAAUGUAUAUUCAGGCCACUUGCAUAAAAUUCAAAAUAAUAAGGAAUGCUUUCUUGAAUCCAUUGGUUUGAUAUCUAUUAAAAAUUCUCAUAAUCACAGAAAUGAUAUUUUGCCAAAUAUUCAAAAUUUUGAUAAAAUUCUACCCAAAAGUAAAUUAAAUUCUAAAUCUACAAUUGGUUUUAAAGAAUUAAAUAAUUCAAAUCAUAUAUAUACCACAAAUAUCUUACAAAUUGAUCAAAAUACAAAUUGCUUUGAUACAAACAAAAAUAUUAAUGUUGGCAACAAUUUACCAUAUAAUAUAUUAGAUCCAGUUGAUUCCUUUAUAAAUGAUAAUAAAAAUGCCAUUAUAUUUAAUACAGAUUUCAAAUACGAUAAUUUAUUAUCAUUAUUCCCACAUUCUCCAAUAUGGCUGAAACAACCUGAAUCACAGAAUAUUAAUAAAAACCCAAAUGCCAACAAUUCUGAUAAACUACAUUUAUUAUGUUUAAUUAAUAUGAUCAAAGAACCACGCUUUUUACUAAACAGUUAUCUCACAGCCCUUUUACAUUUUCAAAAAUUUGAUAAAUAUCUCAAAUUCUAUGAAGUUUUAGACUUAUAUUCAAAUGCUCACCAAUUAUUUAAACAUCUUUUAAAAGCUCCUGAACAAAAAAUAGUUAAACAACUUUUCUCAACAUUGAAAAUGAUUCACAAGAUGAAGCAGCCCCUUUUACAUUUAAAUUGUGCUAGAUAUGAAAAAUAUUGCGAAAAGUAUUAUUAUGAUAUGCCUGAUGUAAAUAAAGAUUCUGAACCCCAGUCAGUUCCAUUUAAUCAAACCCUUUUAAAUCCUCAACAAACAUUUAAUAAUCAAAAUAAUCAUAAAAGGAAUACAAACUUUCUCACAAAUACAAAUUCAUAUAAUAAUAACAUUUUAAAGAUGGUCAAUUUAUACAACAGAUAUUCUCAUAUUUACAGUCAAGGAAAACCGACUAACCCCACCCUGCUUAGGUCUAUCACCAAUUUUUAUGAUUAUUAUUUGACAAAAAAAGUGCCGGUAAAACCUUUACCAUUAUCAACCCCAAUUAUUUUGCCUCAUGACCAAAUGCCAUCCAAUAUUUCAACCAAUAGUGGCAAACUUAAUACACCCCAAUCCUAUGCUUACAAAUUUUGUUACAAUCCUUUUACUUAUGACUGCCUUUCAAAAAAUGCAUUCCCAUCUCAUCCCGAAAUUGGUGAAAGGUCUGCUUCCUAUACACUCAAAUUUCUAGCCCAUCUGCACAAAAGAUUGGAUCCUGAGGUGUGCCUGACUAAAUUAUCAGCUGAAUCUUUUUGUCUAAAUGCAAGAGAUAGGAUAUACUUGCGCAAAAUGGAAAAUAAAUAUAGUAGUAAAUUUGACACCAUCCACAAAUCCAACUCUCAAUUCCAAAGUACCAUUAUACCCCUUAUAAAAGAAUCUAUUCACUCUAUAGUGGUCAAAACAUCUUUAGAAUAUUGGGAUUAUUACAAUUCAGAAUAUUAUUCUUCACAUAGUGAUACUACCUUAUUUAAAACUAAUGGCUUGCAUCCCAUCUUAAACAAUAUAAACUCACCUCACCAUGUUUCCAUAUGUAACUGUUGUUUUUACACCGAAAGAAUAUAUGGAUGGUGCAAUGAUCACCAAACCCCAACUUCAUUGUGUUGCCAUAAACCAGCAUCCCUUAUUUCCAAUUCCCGCAAUAUUAAUAGCUCUAUGGGCCGACGGGCUUUUCCAAAGGACAAGGUCCAUGCUGAGAGAAGAAUAUCGUCUAGAAUCUCUAAUCAAUCCCCAAACAAUAUUAUACUCCACAAUCGUAGAUCUUCCAAGACUAUCUCGCCUCCUUCCUUCAAACCUCUCAAUAGAAGUCCCAGUUUGGCCAUCAAGAAAAAGUACAGCAAGCCAACCUUCAACAAGAUAAAACCCAAAAUUAAGCUGAUUCGGUUAUCACCCAAGACUACUGCCCUUCAUACUCUCCCCACACCCACUCCUAAAAUCAUGUCUGUACAUCAUGAACAACUUCCCAUGGUAAAGUUGCCCGUAGAUCCAAAUCCGAAGAUGCUUAUAGAUUUGACCAUGGAAGAGGAUGAAGAAGAAGAUAUCAAAAUAAUCUCUCCGCCGGAGAAACGGUUUGACGUCCGUGAUUACUUACCCAUCUGCGACAACACCCCUCUAAUAGAGCUAACAACCCUUAAAAGCAAAAGGACUUACUUGAGCAAUGCCAAAAAUCGAACCAAAUUUUGUGAUCCCCUACUCGGUGACAAUCUAGUAAAAAGGAAAGAAAAACAAGACGAGAAAGACAUUCCCGUUAACCGUCGCAACAACAGCGUAAUAACAACCGCCAAAGAAAUGAACGAUUUAAGCGUAGCAGGCAAAAUCCCCCACGUUACCUCUGACAACUUUGUCCCGUCUACCAACGCCAAAUUCCCCCAAAAAUCUCGUAAAGUACUGAACGGUGUUAUUCCUACUAGUAAACCCUCUCCAUCUAAUCUAAAUGGGUUAAGCAAUCACCACGAUAUCAGGGAUACCGAGAGUGAGCCAAUACCAAAUCGGGAUAUUGGGAUAGACCGCGGUAGCCAUCCUACGGAAACGCACGAUAACCCUCCUGACCAAAUUCUCGUUCUGUUUUGUCACCUGUGCUCUUACAAGGAAACUUUUUACUCUCCCGACAUAGUGCAGGAAAAGAUAUCGAACCAUUGCUUCAGCUAUCAUAAAAACGUUUUGAUAGACGUCGUGCUGUCCCAGAAGAAGGGUGCGGGGACGGAUCGAGAGGUCAUGUUAGUCGAGUGCCACCCUAGCUCAUCUUUAAGCUGAAUUUUAUAUUUACCAAAACAAAAUAUAUUGAAUUAUACUUAAUUCGCGAAAAAUAAUUAUUUUAAAAUCGAAUUGCGAAUAUCGUCAUAUUUAUUGUAUAUCUAUAUCAUGUCAUAAUUAUUGCGAUCAAUUUACCUUC